AUGUCAUCUGUUCAGAAUAAGUGUAUCAAUAGCAUUGAUCAAUCAAAAUUCAUAAAAGUUAACGAUGUCGUGUUACCCGUCAACUACAAGAAGUUUGAGCAAUGCAUAGAAGAUAUGGACGUCAGAGACGAUGACAUUUGGGUCUGCAGCUACCCGAAAACAGGAACUACAUGGUGCCAGGAGAUGACGUGGUGUAUUGCAAACGAUUUGGACUUUGAAGGUGCCAAACAAAAUCUACACGAUAGAUUUCAUUUUUUAGAAUUGAGUACAUUGUAUACAUUUCGAUACGAUGAAAAAGCUUUACUGGAAAAACAGGACAUAAAAAUACCGAACUAUUUGUCUAAUUCGCUAGAGUUAAUAAACGGAUUGAAAUCUCCAAGAUAUAUCAAGACUCAUCUACCGUACAAACUUCUGCCAAAAAAACUUAGGAAUCAAUCUACCAAGGCUAAAAUCAUAUACGUGGCCAGAAACGCAAAAGACACUUGCCUUUCAUAUUUCCACCAUUUAACGAUGCUUGGUGAAUACAAAGGACAUUUUGAUGAAUUCUGUAACCUGUUUGCCUCUGAUUCCAUUUGUUACAGUCCGUUUUUUGACCAUAUUCUUGGCUACUGGGACCGAAGGAAUGAUUCGCAAAUACUAUUCUUGAAGUAUGAAGACAUGAAACAGGACCUACGGUCAGUAAUUCGACGAACGGCUCAAUUUUUAGGCAAAUAUAUGCCUGACGAUCAGCUGUUGGUUUUGGAAAACCAUUUAAGUUUUGAAAGCAUGAAGAAGAAUAGAGCUGUCAAUGGCGAACCAUUUAUUGAACUAACCUGCAAAACAAUGGAUAUUUCAAUCAGCAAAGGGAAUUUUAUGAGAAGUGGUACUGUUGGAGAGGGUAAAACAAAAAUGACACCAGAGUUUGUGAAAAUGUUUGAUGAAUGGGAAGAAAAGUGUUUAGGAAAAAGCGGAUUAAAGUUUUUAUGA